AUGGCACCAUGGCUGCAACUGGCAGCAUUACCCUCCUCGCUCCUGGUCCUUAUCGCCAGCUCGAUUCCGCCAGUGACACCCCAAGAUCUGAACCUGCAGUGGCCAUACAAUCUCCCCGCAGAUUCCAAGUACUACCCGGAAGAUGAAGUGAUGAUCAAACGAGACUUAGACGCACAGCGGAAGCUGCAAAAGAGCGACCCGACCGGAGUGAGGAAAAUGAGCGGAGAUCCUGGAGAAAAGUUCUAUCUGCAAUACUGGGGCUUUGAGGAGCAGGAGGAGGAAUAUGACGGUUGCUCGCUAGACUGGGCGAAUACGACCACCUUGUUCACAUCCUUCGAUCAACCAGUCCGAGUCCACGACAGCUACCAGAGUCCACCACGGCUCUUCCGGAGACUGCUACCGGGCUGGCAUCUCUUCGCCGAGAGAGAUUUCCAGUGUCCGACGGGGACAUCAGCGUGCACCUCGAUCGAUCGACCCAACAGCUGCUGCGCGACCGGCUACACGUGCCAAUUGGUCCAGGACACCGGGAACGGUUUGGGAGAUGUCGCAUGCUGUCCCGAUGGUGAGGUUUGUGGGAAUACGCUGUCGACAUCGUGCGCCAGUGGGCAGACCUCGUGCCCGAACAACCCAGGCGGUGGGUGCUGUCUAGCGGGAUACGCGUGCUACGAUGUCGGAUGCGUGCAGACGUCGACGGCGACGGUUUUGACGAAUCCAGCUACGCCAUCGACGACGACCGUGACGAGCUAUACGACGGUAACGCCUUCGCCCUCGACGCCUACACCAACGACGCACACAUCCACGACCAUCACGACCAGCCCAACAUCAUCAACCAGGACUACUUCAAGCGUGACUCCGCUCCCUCCAGUCAUUUCAACCGUCACCCUCACCGUCACAGUCACAUCCGCCACAACCCUCCCGCUCACCUGCUCCUCGGGCUUCCGCUCCUGCCCAGCCUCUCUGGGAGGCGGAUGCUGUCCGACAGACCGGCAAUGCGGGUCCUCGAACUGUCCUGCCCUCUCCUCCACCACAUCCUCUUCCUCCUCCUCCUCGGCGACUCCUGAACCACCCGUACGCCCAACCUCCCUCACCACGACCGUCGAAACCACAACCACCACCGCCACCCACUCCACAUCUCCAUCCUAUCCAGUCACGGGCUGUCCGACAGGCUUCUACGCCUGCUCGGCCUACUACCCAGGCGGCUGCUGCCAGAUCGGGCGCAAUUGCGAUUCCACAUCCUGCCCAGCCGUGUCAUCCACGACGCUGGUGUCCGGAAACACGCUGACCAUCGUCGCCCCGACGGGGUCCGGGAUCACUGCCCCUGGCACGCAACUGACGGGGAACUGCGCCCACGGCUGGUCCACCUGCGCGCCCAGCGUCGGCGGCGGGUGCUGUCCCAGCGGCUAUGUCUGCGGCGCGACGAGCUGUGCCGUCCCUGCGAGUGUGACCGGUGGCGGAGGAAAGGGCGUGGGCAAGGAGGCGCCGAAUGCCGCGGCAGCAAGCCAAAGGAAGCAGCAGCAUUUCUGGGUCGGUGUAUAUUGGGUCGUAUCAAUGGGCGUAUGGCUCCUGGUGUUUUGA